AUGUCGCAACUCAUACCAGCAAUCCGUAUCUCAGCUAUAACUAAGCCUGCAAAAUCAGCCGUCAUUAUCGUACAUGGACUUGGCGAUACCGGUGAAGGAUGGUCAUGGUUUCCUAAUUUGGUUAAGCAAGCUAAAAUCCUUAAGAAUCCUGAAUCAGUAAACUAUGUAUUUCCCAAUGCUCCUCAAAUCCCCAUUACUGUCAAUGGUGGGUACGUUAUGCCUGCAUGGUUUGAUAUUUAUGAGUUUGGUAAUCCGAAUGCUCGUCAGGAUGUUCCAGGGUUCUUCAAAAGUUGUGAUACAUUAAUUAGCUUAAUCAAAGAACAGACCGAAGUUCAUAACAUUCCUGCAGAAAAAGUUAUCAUUGGAGGCUUUUCUCAGGGAGCUGCUAUCUCAUUGGCUACUGCUAGUUUGUUAGAUUUCAAAAUCGGUGGGGUAAUAGCCAUGUCCGGGUUCUGUCCCAUUAAGGAUGAUAUCAAGGCUAAACUUGAUGGUAAAACUCCAAUUAAUGCAGGUACACCAGUUUUCCAGGGUCAUGGAGAAGCAGAUCCAAUGAUUGUUAAAGCCUAUGGAGAACAGACUAGUGAGUUCUAUAAGAGUUUAGGAUUCACUAACUAUACAUUCAAGACAUAUUCUGGAGUAGCUCAUAGUGCAGGAGAUGAUGAGUUGGUGGAUGUAGUCAAAUUUAUUGCUGGUAUUUUUGAUUAG